ACAGCAACAACACGGGAGCAAGGGGAAGAAGUAUACAGGAAAAUGUCAAGGCAUCUGAUAUUCUGCUGAGAUCUUGCACAGUGGGACACUCAGAAAACAAUAAAGAGAGAAGAAGAACAGCAUGGACCGACCAGCAGUCAAGGUCUUCCACUACAAAGACAAGGAGCAGUCGUCCAACCUGCUCCUGCAGCUCAACAGACUGAGGCAGGACAACGUCCUGACCGAUGUGUCUCUGAGUUCAGAUCAUGUAGAGAUCCCAUGUCAUCGUAACGUCCUGGCCUCCAGCAGCCCCUACUUCACGGCCAUGUUCUGCCACAACUUCAAAGAGAGACAGCAGACCAAGAUUGAAUUGAAGGGCGUCGCAUCAACCAUCCUGAGCAGUAUCGUUGACUAUGUUUACACAGGACUCAUUAGUAUCAGCAUCGAUAUUGUGCUGCCCCUGAUGCAAGCGGCAUCCAUGUUGCAAUAUGGCCGCCUUUUUGAGGCUUGCUCGAGCUUCCUUCAGGAGCAACUGAGUCCUGACAACUGUUUGAGCAUGAUAAGACUCUCUGACAUCUUGAAUUGUAACAGUUUGAGAGACAAAGCAAAGGAGAUGGCCAUGAAAAGCUUCUCAGAUGUGUCAGUAUCUGAGGAUCUGUGUGAGCUCUCCUUACCAGAGCUCAUGGGAUACCUUGAGGAUGACGGCCUUUGUGCAGAGGAAGAGCAGGUCUUUGAGACACUUGUUUCUUGGAUCCAUCAUGAUCCUUUAUCCAGGCGUGGUGCCAUCAGUGACCUUUUCAAGAAGGUUCGCCUUCGCCACAUCCAUCCCACAUACCUCUUCCAAUUCAUAGCCAACGACCCCCUGAUCCAGUCCUCUAGCCUCUGCACCGAGCUCAUAGAAUCUGUGAGACGCCUGAUGUUUUCUGUCAGUUCAAAAUGCAUUGGGGACACAGAUUUCAAACCUCUCUGGGUGGCACCGAGGCGCUAUUCCUACCAUGACAUCAUGGUGGUGGUAGGAGGGAGGAAGAACAGUGAGCAAACCUCGAGGGAGGCACUCGUCUUUGAUGAGAAGAGCGAGAAAUGGGAGUUCCUCACCAAGCUGCCCAUUCGUCUGUACAAAGCAUCCUAUGUGGCCCUCCACAGUGUCUUGUAUGUUAUUGGAGGUCUAACCAUGGAAACAAAGUCCAGUCAAGCCAGUACAUCCGUCUACACCCUUUCCCUCAAGACCAACCAGUGGCGGACGGUAGAGCCCAUGCUGGAGCCGCGAUUUGCCCACCAGAGUGUCUCCUACCUCCACUUCAUCUUUGUCCUGGGCGGCCUUGGGCCUGACAGUCGACUGACAGGCAGUGUGGAGAGGUACAACAGUAUGUUCAAUCAAUGGGAGGCGAUGGCACCCAUGCCUGAGGCUGUGUUGUACCCUGCAGUGGCUGCGACUAACCAGAGGAUCUAUGUGUUUGGAGGACAGGAUGCCAUGCAGAACCCCGUCAGAAUCAUACAGGUGUAUCACAUUGCCAGGAACAUGUGGUCUAAGAUGGAGAACAGAACAGUGAAGAAUGUAUCUGCUCCUGCUGCCAUUGUGGAUGAUAAAAUAUACAUCAUUGGAGGAUACACAAGGAGAAUGAUCGCCUAUGACACCAAGGCCAACAAGUUCAUUAAGUGUGCCAACCUGAAGGAGAGGAGGAUGCACCACUCUGCCACUGUUCUCAACAACAAAAUCUAUGUUGUGGGUGGACGCCACAUCAACGGCCACGAUGUCAUCGAGGACUUGGACAAUUUUGAUUGCUAUGACCCAAAGACAGACACUUGGACAUCUAAGGGGGCGCUUCCGUAUAAACUGUUUGACCAUGGCUCACUGACUCUGACGCAUGUCUCACAGACAAGGGCAAAAUCAUAGCCGAGGUCAUUAUCUAAUGCUAUUCAUUUGAAAACAGUACAUUUUAACUGUCAAUAAUGCAGAGAAAAUACUCUUUUUUUGUGGCAGAUCUGAACUAUUCCUACUUUCGUGUGUGAUGGACUUAUUUAAAAGUCAAUGAGCCAUUAAAACAAGCAUACCUCAAGUAAUGAAAAUAUUUAUCACAUAUAUAUAUUUUUUUAAAUAAUAUAUCUUUUUUAUAUCUAAAAAUGUAAUGUUCUAUGACCAAGCAUACGAAAACAAGCUAUCCUGCACCAGAACCUCGCCUCAACUCGUCUGGCUUCAGAAAGGUGGAAAUUGCUAUUUUCAGCCUGCUCUAAAUCAUGAGAUUGAAUUUGUCAUGUUUAAAUCCAGGGGCUGUGUACUGUCAAAUCUGUGCUCAGCUGUUAGGUCUUAACCUGCUGCUGCGUCAGGUGGAUUUUUUUAUAACUAUUUGCUGCUUCAAUGAUAAAUAAUGGUUAAAAUGUAGUGAUGUCAAUGUUUGUAAAAUGUUGCUGCAGACUGCAAUUAGAGAAAUGACAAUAUUCUGUAGUGUUUUUUUUACUGCUGUGGACCCGUUAUUGAUAUAAUCCUUCUAUAUUUACUUGAAUAUGCUAGAUUAAUCUGUGGCUAAAAGUAAUAGCAAACAUUUAA